GGGUGGCGGUGCCAGCCCUGCCAUGGCCACGUUGGUCUGUGGGACACUCCUGGGGCUGGCCCUGUGUGCACUGAGCAGCACCACUUUCCUCUACCACGACUACUGUGUCAUCGGGGCCGGCCCCGCGGGCCUGCAGGCAGCCUAUUUCCUCCAGCAAGCCGGGCGGGACUACGUUGUCUUCGAGCGGAGCCAUGCACCUGGCAGCUUCUUCGCCCUCUACCCUCGCCACCGCAAGCUCAUCAGCAUCAACAAGCAGUACACGGGCAAAUCCAACAGCGAGUUCAACCUCCGCCACGACUGGAAUUCGCUCCUCAGCCAUGACAGGCGGCUGCUUUUCCGACACUACUCGCGUGACUUCUUCCCUCACGCUGACACGAUGGUGCGUUACCUGGAGGACUUUGCAUCCCUGCUGGAGCUGCGGGUUCAGUACAACACAGCCAUCAUCCACGUGACACUGGAGAGAAACGAGCAGGCCUGGAAUGGCCACUACUUCCUCCUGACUGACCAGGACAGGAAGAACUACAAGUGCAGCUCUUUGUUGGUUGCCACUGGGACGUGGGUCCCCAAUGUGGUAAACUUCCCUGGCUCAGAAUAUGUUGAGGGUUACGAGACUGUGUCCAUCAACCCGGAGGAUUUUGCUGGCCAGACCGUGUUGAUUUUGGGACGCGGGAACUCAGCCUUUGAGACGGCAGAGAACAUUCUGGGGGUCACGAACUUCAUCCACAUGGUGAGCCGGUCCCGCGUGCGCCUCUCCUGGGCCACCCACUACGUCGGGGAUCUGAGAGCAAUUAACAAUGGACUGCUGGACACCUACCAGCUGAAAUCUCUGGAUGGGCUUCUGGAGGGUGACCUGGAAGAUCUGGCUAUUGUCAAGGACAAAAAAGGAAAGCUGCACAUCACACUCCGGUUCUACCUGGAGAACGGGAACAUCAGCGCAGGCAUCGAUUCCAUCACCCUCCCGCAGGAUGAACUGGACAAUUUUGCCACCCGGGCACCUUACGACCGUGUCAUCCGCUGCCUGGGCUGGAAAUUUGACUUCUCCAUCUAUAACAGAUCCCUUAGAAUGAUGCCAGGAAAAGGGAAUAUUAAAAAGUAUCCUCAGAUCAAACCCAGCUAUGAGUCCAGAGGCACUCGGGGGCUCUUUGUUCUCGGCACUGCUAGCCAUUCUGUUGACUUCAGGAAAUCUGCUGGGGGCUUCAUCCAUGGAUUCCGGUAUACAACUCGCGUGGUCCAUCGCCUAUUGGAAAACCGUCACCAUGGUGUCCCCUGGCCAUCCACAGUCUACCCUAUUACACAGCUGACCAAUUCCAUCAUCAAGCGGGUGAACGAGGCCUCAGGCCUCUACCAGAUGUUCAGUGUCCUGGCUGACAUCAUUCUGCUGAGAGAGAAUGCCACAGCAUUUGAAUACCUGGAAGAGUACCCCACUGGAGUCCUAGCAGAGCUGGAAAUGCAGACUGGGAGAAAGGCUCCCAAUGGGCUCUUUGUCAUCAUCAUGGAGUAUGGGAGGAAUUUCUCUGGGGCUGACAAGGAUGUCUUCUACUACAACCGUGCCGUGGGAGAAGCACAGCAUGCCUGGCAGUCCAACUUUCUACACCCUGUUAUUUACUAUUACAAACGCCUCCCAACAGAGCGUGAGAUGAAACUCCGGCCGCCAGAGUGGCCUCUCCCUCGUCCAGAUGCCAUCCAUCACAUUGUGGAGGACUUUCUGACAGACUGGACAGCCCCAAAUGCUCACAUCCUGCCACUGAGGCGCUUUUUGGAGAACUGCCUCAGCACCGACCUGCGCAGUUUCUUUGCAGAGUCCUGUUUCCUGUUUGCCUUCACCCAUCAGAAGCUGCCCCCCUUCUGCCAGCAGGGAUACGUGAGGAUGCAGGGGCUUGUGGGCAGCGAGGGGCUCCGGCGCCACGCGGUGCAAGCUGGACUACUGCAGGAUUACACUCUCACAGACUUUUCGGGUGACAGACCCCCUGACAGCCACGACAGGUCAAGGGACCAGUUGCUGAGAGAUCAAGUCAUUCCAGUUCGUCCACUGCAACAUCUUGUCAAGGCCAAGGAUGAGCUUUAACCUUUCUUGCUCUACACUGAAACCUAGAGCUGUUGUGACAGCACUGUAACAGAGAUCCACAGCAGGAUUCUGCCCUUUUCCUGUGCCCUUUUUCCAUCCUCAUGCCUUCCCCUAAUCAUGAGUUGCCAAAGACCUGCUCAGAUCUUGCUGUUACGAAGAGGACCAACAUCUUUUGAAUAAUGAGCAACGGGCCAAAAUCCAGUGAUGCUGAGGCUCCUGCGUUGUCCUUGCAGAGCUCAGAGUUGCCUGAAAGUGGUGUUUGUGUUUAUCUGACUGACCAGUAUCUGCAGUGACGUACAGAGGUCACAGAAGAGAGUUCAGGAACACCUGGGAAACUUAAAAUGUCAUGUUCCCCUUUGGAGGUGACCUGCUUGCACCCUGUGGAGCCUGGUGCAGGCUCUCUGGUCCCUGGAUGCUAUACCCUGUGUAUACUUGAAGAUUUGCUCCUGCAUCGGGUCCCGAAGUGGUACUCUGGGCAAACUUCCAGUAUUUUUCUUGCAUUUGAGUUAGGGCAGUUGUGUAGCUUCAGUGGGGAGGGGUUUUUUUUAGUUACCAUAUAGGUCAGAUAAUUUGUCAUUUCCCAGAGAGCACUACAAGGGACCCUUCCCUCCACAGUGGAUGAGUAGCUUGCCUGGAAUGCCUGGGACACAGAGACUGACACUGACUUCAGCUAUGCUGUCCUCAUGUUUUUCUUCUCCCACACCAGGCAGCCUGGAAGGUUAGCCCUUUGUCUUUUAUAAAGCAUGACCAAUAUUUCUGCUGUUUGCACUAUGUCCCAUCAAGAAAGUUUGACGUUGUUAAAAUGCUCCUUCUCUAAUUUAUUCACAUUGAGUCACCUUGAGAUCCUACAGGGAGUGUCUGGGAGGCUGGCUGCACUUUACUGCUCCCCCUGUCAGCCACAUGCACUUGCUUGUCUCCUCCCUGUGGGCUUCUUCCAUGACCCUGGAGUGGCAAAGCAAAAGCAGUUUUCAGCUUGACCUUAUGAUAUCCCUGUGAUUUCUAGGAAAUAGAGGAGGGGUGAGAGGGAACAGGCGUUUACCUCCACACAUGUUUUCCAACGCCUUAGCCUCUCAAAAAAUAUACACUUGUGCUUCCAGACUGGAGGGGGCUGUACUUUACAUGUACCUAAAGCUCUCCCAAUCCUUUGAAUUCAGUUACUGUUUCUGUAAAACCCCAGUUUCUUGGAGAGGCUGGGGAGCAGAAGAGGUGAAGGACAUGUCAAAGGAUUUCUUGCACUCUUUGGGAGCACUGAGCUGUGCUAGCAAUGCUGCUGCUUCUGGAAGAUCUCACCUGUUCAUGUGCAACUGGAGAGGGGAAACAAUCACCUCAGGUGGCAUCAAUCAGCAUCCUUCUAUGGGUUUUACAUCCCAUUGCUGCAGCUCCAAGGCCAGACCAGGAAUGGCUCUCGUGGCCUGUAGUUGCCUGGGUGAUGUUACUACUUGCAACAUCCUUGGCACCAUGGGCAUUUUAUUUUGGAAUUGUCCAGGGGAAGAAAAGGGCCUGUGGCUGAAUUGGGUUGACCAGCUGUCCCCAAGAGCCUGUUUCAUUUGUUCUCUGUGUGUGCUGACACAGAGUGCAUCCCUGUUGUACCUACACACAUGCACAUUCUCCAGUUGUUUCCUCUUCCAUCCUCAAAUUCCCUCAGGAAAACAUGAAUCUGUACAUUCACAGUGUACAUGUUGCCUUACAUUGUGAUUUCCUUUAGAAAAGUGAUGGUCUAAAA